AUGCUCCUGUCGCCGGAGCGCAGAGCGUGGCCUUCCAGUUCCAAGUGGACCACGAAGCAGCAGGCCCUCACAGCGGUCAACGAAGGUCCCUCCUUUCUGUCUGGGCUGUCAUUGCCCCACGCCCGCAGCCAAGUGGCUCAUCGGUCGCUGCCAUGCCCUGACACGCUUCCUCCCGUCCCCACAUUGGGGGAAGGGAGAGGGUCUUCGAGGUCGAGGGCACCCGAGGCAUCAACGAGGUGCUCAAUGCAGCAGACUCCAUGGCGCCAGCCCGGAGUCCUCCGGAGGAGCUACUCAGCAGCUGCUCUCCUUCUCCUACUUGCGACGCAAGGUGCCCAGGCUGCCAAGGUCGCCCUGCAAUCCAAGCUUAGGUAUGCCAUGGAGACGGACAGCGCUCAGAUGUCUGCCAGCGCUCUCUUUGCAAACCUGUCCUCCCUGGCCUUGUCAAGUUCCUUGAGCAUCGGCCAGAAUGCCACUCAGGCCAGCGACUCUCUCAACAAGAUGGAGUCCUUGCUCCUGAGUCUAGGGCGUCAGCCGACAACAGACCGCAACAUGGUGGAGACUGCAACCAUGAUCGGCAGAAUUCUCGAAGACAGCAUGAAGGCAACCAUCCGAACGCAGCUGGCGCUGCAGCAGAAGAGCCUGGAAACUGCCGUGGGGACAAUCAAUGCGUGCGCUUCACACCUCAAGUACGAUGAAGCCAAAGUGCUUCGAGAGCAGCUUCCUGCUCUUGCCGCGGCACACCAGCAGUGCCGAAAGGAGGAGGGCAUCAGGGCCCAGUUCGUCGAGGAAUGCGAGCAAUCGCUUGCAGAGCACAAGACAUCCCACGCCACGGCUCGCGUUGACUGCGAUGCAGUCGUUGAUUAUCCAACUGGAGGUCGUGGGCUUUGCAACAACCGGGUAGGCAGCGUUGCCGACCACUACCGCAACCUCCACACUUUCUGGGAUGAAUACCUCAAGUGGUAUGAUGGUAAUAUGACCAUAUGCAAUGCCCUUCAGGCCAAGGUGGAGAGCACCACCGCCAACUGUUCCAAUCUAUCCGUGGCUCAUGAUGCUCAGCGCCGGAAAUGCAACGCCCAGCAAGCGCAGCUGGAUACCACUUCUUGUGGUUUUGUGACCAACGCAGAGAACGGCUGUGCAGCCUACUCGCGGUGUUACGACCAGACGCUGGCAAGCUUCAUCACCCUGAACUCGACCGUCGCUGAGGAGGAGCGAACUCUGCGGCAGGAAUGGCGCGCCGUCCUACGCAUCGAGUGUCUCCUCAAAGCGCUCUUGAGUGACAACAAGAACGCGGCCAUCGACCGCUGCAUAGGGCGUGUGCACAGCCUCGAUGAGAUCAGUGUCGAUUACUCGCCAGUUCCCAGGCCACUUAACGAAACGUAUCCACACGAUACGUUGUGCAAGAAUCUGACUGAGUACGUCCCUGUCACUGAAGCUUAUGCCAAGCGAUGGUACGAGGGCCUGCCAUCUUCCGCUCAGGAAGAGUCACGCAUCGUGCGCUUUUGCCCUUCGAAGAGCGGCGGCCGUCACCACCAGGCCCAGGCGAUGCAGCAUGCCUGCAAAGGGAAGGUGGUAGUCCCGACCAGAUCUCAGGUGAGCUUCAGCAGCUCCAGUGUGCCCCAGCCUGGCCCUGGCCUGGAUGCCGAGACGUCCUGGGCCCCUGCACAGGCGCGUGCGGGGGAGUUUCUCACAGUGGACCUCGGCGAGGAGGUGCGAGUGGGUGGCACCUAUGUUCAAGGAGGUUCUCUGGAACGCAGGUGCUUGGACAGCUGGGUGACAACCUACAUGAUCCAGUACAGCGUGAAUGGCUCCUAUUCCAGCCUGCCGGAGGCACUGCGAGGUAGCCAUGACUGCUCGGCCAAGGUUGGCACGCGCUUCGAUGUGCCACUGCAAGCACGCUUCCUGCGAUUCGUCAUGGAGUCUUGGCACGGACACGGCUCAAUGCGAGUGGGCCGGGAGCUCUGCAGACGAGUUAAGCCAGAUGGCCCGGUGAGGUUAAGGGCACUCACGCCUGAGUAUCGCAGAGACCGUCUGCUGAAAGCAGGCCGUGGUGUAGCCAUGGUGAUGGAGAAGAAGGACUGGGAGACGAUCGAGCGGGUAUUGGCGGCAAAGGAAGCCGAGCUGCUGCAGCAGGAGGGUUCCAGCCUCGAAGACAGCCAUGUGAGUGGCUACAGGUACGUGCCAACGACAAAGGUAGUUGACAAGCCAUCCUGGGAGACCUUUGCUGUGCCUCACAUCCGGCCAACCUGCGGGUCGGAGAAUUGGCACCACAAAGACGUACUCUUCGAGAUUGGCGAGGGCAUCGCCUAUAUCACACUGAACAGGCCUGAGGCGAACAAUGCGUUGAACGAGACCACAUCGCAAGCUCUUCAAGAUGCGACAUGCGAGCUCCACAUGCGCCGGGACAUCCGCAUUGUGGUGUUGCGAGCCGAGGGCAGCAUGUUUUGCGCUGGCGGUGAUCCGAAGCACUUCUUCGAUGCUUUGGCUAUGUCGGAAAGAGAUGACCGGAAGGCAGCCAUCGGCUUCAUGAAGUUCCUCUUCUGGUUCCAGAGCCUCCCGCAGUUCACCGUCGGCCUUGCGCAGGGCUCUGCCAUGGGCAGCGGGAUCGGCCUGCUGUGCGCAUGUGACAUGGUCCUGGCGACAAGCGCGGCCCGCUUCACUUGCUCAGAGGUAAAGUUGGGCUUCUGCCCGGCCGCCCUGGCACCGUUCGUAACCAGGAAGGUGGGGCCGGCAUUCGCCAAGCGUUUGCUCUGCAUGGCCGAAAAUAUUUCUGCCGAGCAGGCAAAACGGAUGGGCCUCAUUUCCGAUGUGGUGGAAGAAGAAAGCGAAUUCUCCGACUACAUGAAAGACAUCUGCGAGAAGGUGACGCUGUGCGCACCUACGGCCGCUGGCCGCGCCAAGCGCUUGGCGCAGAACGUCAGCCUGCAGCCGCUGACCCGCAAGUUGUUGGAAUACACAGGGGGAGAGCUAGCAGACAUCCGCAUAGGAGAGGAGGCCAUCAAAGGCAUGGUUGCCGUUCAGGCGCGCGUGAAGCCCUACUGGGCGGAGACCCCGAUCAAGCCGUUGUACUGA